CUUGUGGUUUUCAGAGCUCUGCGACAUAUCACUGAAAAAAUAUAUUUGGGAUGCAGAAAGAUGGGGUGAAACAACAGCUCUUGGCUCUUAGAAGCCUCUGAGUUUCCAUCUGCAUUGGGGUUAUUCUGUUUUCUACAUGAUGAUUUCAAAUUUGCAGCUCAUAGAGCAUUUAGGUUCUCGUGCCAGAUGCACAAUGAAGUAACAGUGAUUAAGAAUGUUGUUGUGCUGAAGCACGGCCUUGUUGCAGACGGUUGAACACUGAAACAAGGUUUCGUGCCUGUAAAUAGAGAAUUAUCAUAUCAGCAGGAGUGUUAUUUAUAGAAUUAUAGUAUAAAGUAGGAUUGUUUGUUGAAAAUGGUGAAAAAUGGAAAUGCAUUGAUGCAAAAAUAUGAAUUGGGGAGAUUAUUAGGUCAAGGCAACUUUGGUAAGGUUUAUUAUGGAAAGAAUCUGGAAAGCGGACAGACUGUAGCCAUUAAAGUAAUUGAUAAAGAGAAGGUUCAGAAAGCUGGACUGACUGAACAGACGAAACGAGAGAUAUCUGUUAUGGCAUUGGUCAAACAUCCACAUGUUGUGCAGCUAUACGAGGUCAUGGCAACUAAGAGUAAGAUUUACUUUGUGAUCGAACAUGCCAAAGGUGGCGAGCUUUUCAACACACUGACAAAGGGGAGGCUCAAGGAAGAUGUUGCUAGAAAGUUGUUUCAGCAACUGAUCAACGCAGUUGAAUUUUGCCACAGCCGAGAUGUUUAUCACCGUGAUCUCAAACCGGAAAAUCUCCUACUGGAUGAGAAUGGAAACCUAAAGGUCUCAGACUUUGGUUUGAGUGCAUUAGCUGAGUCUAAGCGGCAAGAUGGGUUACUCCACACAACCUGUGGUACACCAGCAUAUGUUGCUCCUGAGGUGAUUAGUAGAAAAGGAUAUAAAGGUGUCAAAGCUGACAUCUGGUCUUGUGGGGUGAUUUUAUUCGUCUUGUUGGCUGGUUAUCUUCCAUUUUAUGACUCAAAUCUUAUGAAUCUGUAUAGGAAGAUAUGCAGGGCAGAGUACAAAUGCCCUCAUUGGUUCCCUCUAGAAGUACGUAAACUUCUCUCUAGGAUCCUUGACCCAAACCCUCAUAAAAGGAUUUCAAUAGCCAAAAUCAAGGAAAGCUCCUGGUUUAAGAAAGGAUUGGGAUCUACACAUGUGGGAACUAAACAAGUAGUGAACCAAAAUGUUAUUGCAGAUGGUGAUGCUGUUUCCAGUUCAAAUUUGGAGAGUAGUACCUCUUCCUCCGACACUAAGUUAGAGUUGAUGAAACCUGCAAUCUUUAGUGCAUUUCAUAUCCUCUGCUGGUUUAAUUUGUCUGGUUUAUUCAUAAACAAUGAUCAAAAGGAGGAGCUGCGAUUCACAUCAGUGAAGCCUGCCCCAGUCAUCAUAUCCAAGCUUGUGGAAGUUGGCAGGAGUCUAAACCUUGAAAUAAAGAAGAAAGAGGGUGGAUUUCUUAGAUUAGAGGGAUUAAAUGAGAGCAGAUAUGAAACUCUGUGCAUUGACGUGCAAAUAUUUGAAAUUUCUGAAUCCCAUUAUUACUUCAUUGAGCUGAGUAGGUCAAGUGGUGAUGCGAUUGAUUACCAAAACAUGUUGACGCAAACUAUCAGACCAGCUCUUGAGGAAAUUGUUCUGGCUUGGCAAGGCAAUUGGUGCUGAAUACGGAGAAGGUUUCGAGACAUUUAGACCCAAUGGACUGCUCAAAGUUGAUGUGGAUUUUUUAAAUGAUAGACUGCAAGAGGGUUUCCUGCGAAGAAUCCGUUAUGCAAUGAAGCCUGAUGAAGCUUAUGGCCUCAUUUUCUCCUGGGAUAAUGU